AACCUAUAAAAGCGACUGCAAAAUAAGAGUCGAGAGUUAGAACAAGAACAUGAAGUUAUUGGCGUGCUUGCUUUUCACGCUGGUCUCCAUCGCCACCAGCGACAAAAUCCUCAACUGUUACUGGGGCACAUGGGCCAACUAUCGCCCUGGAGAUGGUAAAUUUGAACCAUCAAAUAUUGACCCCACUCUGUGCACACACAUCAGUUACACCUUCUUUGGCAUUGCGGAUUCGGGAGAGUUCAAGUCCUUGGACACUUGGCUUGACCUGGACGAUGGACUGGCUUUCAUUAGCAAGACCAUUGCGCUGAAACAAGUGAAUCCUAAGCUCAAGAUUCUGGCUGUUGUUGGUGGCUGGAAUGAGGGAUCUGAGAAAUACUCUGCCAUGGCUGCCGAUGCAGGCAAACGUGCAACUUUCAUUUCCUCCACCUUAGCAUUCAUUCAACGCUAUGGCUUCGAUGGUCUUGAUCUGGAUUGGGAAUAUCCCGCCCAACGUGGUGGCGGAGCUCAAGACAAGCAGAACUUUGUGACACUGCUGCGAGAGAUCAAGGAAGCAUUUGCUCCCCACAAUUUGGAGUUGGGUAUUGCCGUGGGUGCUUCUGAAGCGUCUGCCUCUCUUUCAUAUGACAUCCCCGCCAUUUCCCAACACUUGGACUUCAUCAACGUGAUGACCUACGAUUUCCACAUGUCAUUCGAAGGUUUCUUGGGCCUCAACGCCCCUCUCCCUGAGGUAACAGCUGCCAUCGACUACUGGAUUCAACAAGGUGCUCCACCACAGAAACUGAUCCUUGGCAUUGGAUUCUAUGGUCACACUUAUCAGUUGUCAGACAACUCCAACACCUCGCCAGGUGCUGCCAGCAAAGGAGAUGGAGCCGCUGGUCCCUACACACGCCAGAAUGGUUUCUUGGGCUACAUGGAAAUCUGUGUCAACAACUGGCAAACUGUAUUUGAUGAUGCAACGAAAUCUCCAUAUGCCUUCCAGGGCGAUCAGUGGGUAGGCUACGACAACGUGCAGAGCAUUGAGCUCAAGAUGCAGUUGGUGAGCUCACGUAAUCUGGGUGGCGCCAUGACCUGGUCUAUUGAGACCGACGAUUUCCGUGGUAUUUGCGGUGAAACUUAUCCAUUGCUGAAGGCAAUGAAUCGUGGUUUGGGUAGCAGUGGCGGCGGAGGUGGAGGUGUAACAUCUGCGCCUACAGCUGCACCCACAGCUGCACCUACAGCUGCACCUACCUCUGCACCAACUACUUCGGCUCCUGGUGGCGGAGGUUCCAACGAUAAUUGCUCCACUGAUGGCUAUUUCCUGCAUAGCAGCGACUGCACCAGGUACUAUCAGUGUUCUAACGGAAUUCGCUACGACUUCCAAUGCGGCAAUGGAUUGUACUUCGAUACGAAAAUCUCGACUUGCAACUAUCCCCAGGACGCCAACUGUCCAUAUUAGAAAUGUGAAAUAAAUUAUGUAAGCCUUGAGAGCAUAAAAAGCA